AUGACGCAGAAUGGAGGAAUGUCUAUCGGGGAACAGAGGGAGAGAAAGAGGAAGAGGAUUGGAUGGCGGUGGAAAAACCCAAGUGCAACAGGCGAGUACGUAGGAGUCUACGGAAACUGGAGGAGGAGCACGAAAGAGGAAAACGGUGGACAAGAGAAGAGGAGCGGACCAAAGCGGGAAAAUGGAAGAGAGGAGGAGGAGGAAUAA